CUCCCCGUCCCCUCCCCGUGCAGCCGCCACCUCCGCGCUCCUCCUCCUCCCCCCCUCCCCUCGCAAAUAGUCCCGCGGGCCGCCCCCUCCCUCCGCCCGCGCCCCUCCUGCCGCCGCCUCGCGCACACAAUGGCGCUGAAGAGAAUCCACAAGGAGUUGAACGACCUGGCACGUGAUCCUCCAGCACAGUGUUCAGCAGGGCCUGUCGGGGAUGACAUGUUCCAUUGGCAAGCUACAAUAAUGGGACCAAACGACAGUCCCUAUCAAGGUGGAGUAUUUUUCUUGACAAUUCACUUCCCAACAGAUUAUCCCUUCAAACCACCUAAGGUUGCAUUUACAACAAGAAUCUAUCAUCCAAAUAUUAACAGUAAUGGCAGCAUUUGUCUUGAUAUUCUACGAUCACAAUGGUCCCCAGCACUAACUAUUUCAAAAGUACUUUUGUCCAUCUGUUCUCUGUUGUGUGAUCCCAAUCCAGAUGAUCCUUUAGUGCCUGAGAUUGCACGGAUCUACAAAACAGAUAGAGAAAAGUACAACAGAAUAGCUCGGGAAUGGACUCAGAAGUACGCGAUGUAAUUAAAGAAAUUAUUGGAUAACCUCUACAAAUAAAGAUAGGGGAACUCUGAAAGAGAAAGUCCUUUUGAUUUCCAUUUGACUGCUUUCUAUGAGCCCACGCCUCAUCUUCCCCUGUGCACAUGUUUACCUGAUACAGCAGUGCUGCGUGUUGUACAUACUUGGAACAACAAACUAGAAAUACUGUAUUUCCCCGUACCAACAUUGACUCCUAGCAGAGAAGUGUGUGUGUGAAAAGCUGGUUCUUCAGUCAUAACUUUGUGAGCCUAAAAGCAUUCCUUGCUGAGUUAAAUUGGGAAAUCAAAUGGGAAUGGGGAGAGUUCUGGUGCGUUUCAGAUUUUCUAGGGACAGUGUUGCUGAUCCAUGAAGGAUUUUAAAUGGAAUCCUUUUAAACUCAUAACAGUUAUGAAAAGCAAGGUGAAGAACUUGAAGCUGUUUCUGUAUUCAUUUUAUUCUGAAGGACCUACACCUUAGGUAAAUGUUAUGACCAAUGAGAAACUGUACCCACAUCCUGUGUUUAAGGUCUAAGUUUAACCGGUCACCAUUUAAAUGGAUUGGAGCUAUUAGUGCAUCAAGUGAUGUUGAUUUGUUUCAACUCUCUCCCUCCCUUCAUACUUUUUUUGGUUUGUAUGUGGUUUCUCAGUUAAUACCUAGCUAAUAGCUCUUAUUUUUUCUUAAGUUUUUUAACUGCUUAGGUCUUUCUGGAUGUAAGGGUAAAAAAAAAAAUCCAUAUGACAGAAAACUUGUGUGUAUUUAAAGACCCAACUGCUCCCCUGGAGCUUGUACGUUCAAGAAUGAAUUAAUCUGUGUAAUAAACUGAUUACUACAGUCAUUACAUAUAA